UCAGCUGUGAGGAGCCAGGCAGCGCCCCGCGCGGCGCCUAGGCGCUCAACUCCUGCUAACGCGGAGGGGAUCUGCGGGAGGCUCCCGUCACCCCCGCUUCUGCUUGGCCGUCACUGCCGUUUCAUCUGGCUUCUGACUCAAGAUCAAAUUCCAUGCCUGAGCUGUACCCCCUUCCUCUCUCCUCUCCAUCUCUGGGGACAGGGAAGCCACCCUACUGCCCUGUUAAAAGUCUCUAGGCCUGACUGGACCAUCCUCCCUCUCUCACCGUGGCCAUACCUCUAGGAGACCAGGCCCUCUCCAGUUCUCUCACCUUCUCUCCAGCUCCAACUGCCCCAUGUGUGAUCCAGCAAGGCCUGACUUAUCGUGAUCUUGGACACUCCCUGUCCCUCUUUGGGUUUGUUUCUCGACCAUUCAGAGUCCUGAUUAAUUCUGGCAAGCAUUGGAGUCCAUGAGAAAGGGUGGGUAAGGCACAGACAGACUGUCCUGACCGGGCAGGCCAGGUUCAGAUGGGCUUGGUCGGGUGGCCCCAUUCUCCGUUCCUUCCUUAGCCGGGGACUGAUGCCCGAGAACCCUGAGGAGAAGAGCCAGGCCUACCCCCGCCACCGCCCUAGUUGCAACACAGGCCAUAAGAGUCCUGAGGCUGUCGCAACCGCAGCCAUGUACACCUUCCUGCCAGACAACUUCUCUCCCUCCAAGCCCAAGCCGUCCAAAGAGCUGAAGCCGCUGCUGGGCUCCGCGGUGCUGGGGCUGCUGCUGGUGCUGGCCGCGGUCGUUGCCUGGUGCUACUACAGCGCCUCCCUACGCAAGGCGGAACGCCUGCGCGCGGAGCUGCUGGACCUCAACCGCGGCGGGUUCUCCAUCCGCAACCAGAAGGGCGAGCAGGUCUUCCGCCUGGCCUUCCGGUCCGGUGCACUGGACCUCGACUCCUGCAGCCGCGACGGCGCCCUACUUGGCUGCUCGCGCACGGCCGAUGGGCGCGCACUGCACUUCUUCAUCCAGACUGUGCGUCCCAAGGACACAGUCAUGUGCUACCGCGUGCGCUGGGAGGAGGCGGCGCCGGGGCGUGCUGUGGAGCACGCCAUGUUCCUGGGCGACGCUCUGGCGCACUGGUUUGGAGGCGCCGAGAUGAGGACGCAACACUGGCCAAUCCGCCUGGACGGCCACCAGGAGCCACAGCCAUUCGUCACCAGCGACGUCUACUCCUCCGACGCCGCAUUCGGGGGUAUCCUGGAGCGUUACUGGCUAUCGUCGCGCGCCGCUGCGAUUAAAGUCAACGACUCAGUGCCCUUCCACCUGGGCUGGAACAGCACGGAGCGGUCGCUGCGACUGCAGGCGCGCUACCACGACACGCCGUACAAGCCACCCGCUGGCCGCGCCGCAGCGCCCGAGCUCAGCUACCGCGUAUGCGUCGGCUCAGACGUCACCUCCAUCCACAAGUACAUGGUGCGGCGCUACUUUAACAAGCCCUCGAGGGUGCCAGCGCCCGAGGCCUUCAGAGACCCCAUCUGGUCCACAUGGGCGCUGUACGGGCGCGCUGUGGACCAAGAGAAAGUGCUGCUUUUCGCCCAGCAGAUUCGUCAGCACCGCUUCAACAGCAGCCACCUGGAAAUCGACGACAUGUACACGCCCGCCUACGGAGACUUCGACUUCGACGAGGCCAAGUUCCCCAACGCCAGUGACAUGUUCCACCGCCUGCGUGAUGCCGGCUUCCGCGUCACGCUCUGGGUCCACCCGUUCGUCAACUACAACUCGUCGCGCUUCGGCGAGGGCGUGGAGCGCGAACUCUUUGUGCGCGAACCCACGGGCCGGCUGCCAGCGCUAGUGCGCUGGUGGAAUGGCAUCGGUGCAGUGCUCGACUUCACGCGCCCGGAGGCCCGAGACUGGUUCCAGGGACACCUGCGGCGGCUGCGCUCUCGCUAUGCCGUGGCCUCCUUCAAGUUCGACGCGGGCGAGGUCAGCUACCUACCGCGGGACUUCAGCACCUACAAGCCGCUGCCCGACCCCAGCGUGUGGAGCCGGCGCUACACUGAGAUGGCGCUGCCGUUCUUCUCGCUGGCCGAGGUCCGCGUGGGCUACCAGUCACAGAACAUCUCGUGCUUCUUCCGACUGGUGGACCGCGACUCGGUGUGGGGCUACGAUCUGGGGCUGCGCUCGCUCAUCCCCGCGGUGCUCACCGUCAGUAUGCUGGGUUACCCGUUCAUCCUGCCGGAUAUGGUGGGCGGCAACGCGGUGCCCGAGCGCAUGGCGGGCGGCGGCGACGUGCCCGAGCGCGAGCUCUAUGUGCGCUGGCUGGAGGUGGCCGCCUUCAUGCCAGCCAUGCAGUUCUCAAUCCCGCCCUGGAGAUACGAUGCGGAAGUGGUGGCCAUUGCGCACAAGUUCGCCGCCCUGCGGGCCUCGCUUGUGGCGCCGCUAUUGCUUGAACUGGCCGGUGAGAUCACCGACACAGGCGACCCCAUUGUGCGCCCCCUUUGGUGGAUCGCACCCGGCGAUGAGGCGGCUCAUCGCAUCGAUUCGCAGUUCCUUAUUGGGGACACGCUGCUUGUGGCACCAGUGCUGGAGCCGGGUAAGCAGGAGCGCGACGUCUACCUGCCAGCCGGCAAGUGGCGCAGCUACAAGGGCGAGCUUUUCGACAAGACGCCUGUGCUGCUUACCGAUUACCCGGUCGACCUGGACGAGAUCGCUUACUUUACCUGGGCGUCCUGACCCAGCCCAGGACCCAGGAACCUCACAGCCCUAACCCCAUACUUCAUGCAGACCUUUAACCUUCCAUCACACCUGCACCGUGUACCCCCAGGAAGUCCCCACCCAUUAAAUGGGUGCUGGAGCCAGCUGCUGUGGGUGGGGCCUGGGGAAGGUGCGCUGAAGCAACCUCCGCUCCAAGGCACAACCUUAACAGCCCCCUUUCCUCUCCACACUCACUCCAGUUUUCAAAAACUUCUCCCCUGGAGUGGGGGCAAGAGAGCUCAGAGGAAAAGCCCAUUUCUCUUCCUGUUGGGUUUUAAAAGCACAAAGAGAAACCUCUCUCUCCAUCCUGGCCUUUGUGGCCAUCUUUAUCCUUCUGAGAUGGGAACUUGGUCUUCUUUAACGUCCCAAAAUAGCCCCCACCACACUUAGAAAGUGUAUGUUCUUGGUGUUGGAAGCCAGGCCCUGAAGUGCCAGCACUGGCAUGAACUGUGGCUGACCUGGUCCCACUCCCGCUGGGAAGAAGGGAUAGAGGUGUUUGGCCAACUGACCAGGAGGCCGGAGGUCCCCUCCCAGGGAACAGGAGGACUGGGCUUAGCAUGGAGCCAUCAUCCUUGUCCCCUAUUUCUUAAGAUUCCUCUAACACUGCACUGACUCGUCUAUUACACGUAUGGGCUCAGCCCUGGGCUAGAUGUGACUGAUGGGCACAGACUUGCAGGACCAUAUAGGCCAGACUUGGUGCCUUAACUGAAGAACCUGUGUGUGUGUGUGUGUGUGUGAGUGAGAGAGAGAGAGAGAGAGACAGAGAGACAGAGAGACAGACAGAAAGACAGAGAGAGAGAUGAAGAGAGAGACGGAGCGAGACAGAGAGAGAUUGCAGGGGGAGAGGAGGGUGGUGUUGCACCAUGGCUCCCUGAUCUACGGAAUGCAUGCACACAACAUCCCUGAGGCUGUAUAAACCUUCAGGAAGGCAGCAGGGAGCAAAUUUGAAGCUCUGACUGUUGAGCCACCCCCUGCCCCAGGUGGUUUCCCUGGAACUCUGGUAGGAAAUAAACAGCCCUUUCAAGAUUCCUCAGUUACCUCACUCCCUGCACACGUGGCAGGGGUGUAGCCUAGAAGGGAGUGAUGUUUUUAUUCUGGUGGUGGCAUGCUUCCACACAUGGCUACACACACAUGCUGACACUUGCCAAAACACAUACAGGGUAAGGUCUUUCAUCUCCGCCAUUCUCCCUUUCUAGGAAGAGCAACCUCAACCAGAGUGAGUUUCUCCUGACUUUGCAGCUGACUCUGGAAGGAGUGGCUUGCUAGAGAGGGGAGCCUCAACAGCUCUGACAGCAGAACCAGUCCCCAACACCUUAGAGAAUGCAUCCCUAUGCCCACCUGUCUACCCCCUUUAUUUUCUCAGUAUGAAAAAUGUCUGAUGAAAGCUUUGGGGCCUUCACAGAUGUCCAUCUUGAGUGCCAAUUCUAUUAUUCAUUUACCAGCUUUGUGAACUUGAACAAGCUGCUUGACCUUGCUGAGCCUCGGUUUCCUCAUACAUAAAAUGGUGGUAAUAAUACCUACCUCCCAGGUUGUUGUGAGAAUUAUAAGCACAGAGGUAUGUAAAGUGCCUGGCACAAAGUAGGUGCUCAAUAAAAGAUAGCUAUUA